AUGGAUUAAAUUGAAUUACUAAACCUUUGGAAAAAUAUAAAAAGCAAUCUCUAAAAAAAAUAUGCAAAGAUUAGUGCUGCUUUUGUUGAUAUGGAUUAUAAUAAUUCUUAAAAAAUAGAAAUAGAUGAUCUAAAAUAAGAGUUGUAAUAAAAUCAUGGAAUUUAAUCAGAUGAGUAAUAAAUUUAAAUUAAAGUAGAGUAAUUUAGUAAUUAUUUUAACUUUUGAAUUAAUCUAGAUCAGGUGCUAUUAGUUUAGAAGAAUUUGAGCGAGCUUGGACAUAACUUGAUUAAUAAAUAUAACAGGCUUCAAAUUAGUAAAAAUUUUAAUUCCAAAAAUAAGUUGGAAAAUAAGAUGAUUAAAUUCUUAAUUCUUCUGGAUAAAAAUCAGCAUAAUAAUUUUCAGAAUUAUUUAAAUCAAAUGCCUCAGGUAGUUCUCCAAAAAAAUAUAUCAAUAUUUAAGGGGAUUUCCAAAUUAAUUAAUUCACAUAAAAUUAUUCCCCUCCUAAAUAGCAAUAUAAUCAAUUGAAUUUUUUAGAAACUUUCAUUGGUACAAAGAGAAUAUCACCACCAAAAACAUCAUUUUUAUUGAAAAGUAAAUUGGAUGUUCAAUAAGACAAAUUAAGAAACUUACAAAAGAGAAUAACCACCCUAUUUAAUACAAAAUCAUAUCAAAGAAAUUCAAGUCCAAAAUUAAGAAAAGAUUUUGAUAGUUAUUUGAAUACAUUAAAAUUGGGAAAACCAAAUACUCAAAGAAGACAGUAAUCAAAUCCUUAGAUAUUAUUUGAUUAUCAAUAAAUUUAUGGUUAACGUAGAUCAUAAAGAAGCUAUGAGUAAAGAUGGUCUUAUAAUAAUAGAAAGAAUACUUCAUAAUCAAAUAGGUCUUUAGAUAGAAUAUCCUUACAAUAAUAUGCAUAUUAGUAUUAGGAUAGAAAAUAUGCUAAUAAAUAAUUAGCAUAAUUUACAUCUAAUAAGCAAAAAGGAUUAUAAACAAAAACAACAUUUUGGUUCAGAUUAUGA